GUCGGGAACGAAGGAGAGUGAAUCAAAUAUUUAGAAUGUAUUUUUUUGUAAUAUUUUAAAUUCCUUUGAUUUCAUUUGAAAUCCUUUUAUGCAUCAGAAGAGUCAACAUUAUUCGUCCUAAAUUAGAAAUUACUUAAUUCCAUUAAUGAGUUAAAUGUGUCAAAAGACAGAUUUUUAAAAGGAAGGAAAAAGAAAACUUUAGUGACAUCGAUAAAAAUAAAAAUUUCUCAGUGUUAAAUUGGAAAAAAAAACUGAAAACGAAAGCAGUCGCGACUCGCGACACUAAUUAAAAGUUUUUUCCCCAGAACUUGGCUCUAUGACAAAAUCAUCGAGUGAAUAAACUAAGUUGAAUUAUGGCAUUUAAGUCUUUAAUUGUCUUCACAAUAGGAUUUUGCUUGUGCAAUCUUUCUGAUCAGUCUCAGUCAUUCUACUCGCUACAGCCCGCUGUUGAAGCUUUGAGUGAACGAGAAGCUCAACUAGCAUUGAGAAAUGAAAUCGAAAACGGAAAUAUCGAUGACUUUGUUGACAGUGACGAUUUUGAAUGGAACAAUAAUGAUUAUGACAGUCUAGAUAGAGAACGUGAUCAUCAUCUUCAAGUACCGAAUAGAGCUUUCAGCCGAUACUUGGCACGUCCCAAUGCCGACUAUGACGAUUUUUAUCCGUCAGAUUAUAAAAAGCGCUCAAUGUUCCGCAAACGAGAUGCUUCAGUGUUCCGUGAACGAUCUCGAGUUCCUUACCUUCAACAUCAGCAGCAACAAGCAUUAGCUGAAAAGUUUUUAAGGGCCAUCGAGGACGAACGUGAGAGGGAAGAACAAGAAGAAUAUCAUAAACAGCUUCGCAAUUUAUGGAAUCGUUAUCAGGUUGAUGAAAGUGACAUAGAACGAGACCUCUUCGAUAAUGACAUAGAACCAGAGUAUUUCGAUGCGAAUAAUGAUGACAUUGAUAGAAAGAAGAAGAAGCGUCAGAAUUCUGGUAAUGCCGAAGUCGCGCCAGCAUAUUGGAAUGAUAAAAGGUCGAUGCCAUUACUUCCAUGGCUACCAGUACAACGCAAAAAAAGAUUCCCUGUAACCAAGCGAUCGUCUAAUAUAAACAAUGAUUUGACAUCAUUAAACAAAAAUGAUAAGGUCUCUCAAGACUUGAAAGGUAUCUUUGGUGCUGCUGAAAGUGAGAAGAUAGGCGACAUUGAAAGUAAGAAGAAAAAACGGUCUAGCGAAGAUUCUACAAUUACACAUGCUGAAACAACAACAAUGAAAAGCGAAAAGCUUCCAACAUCAAGUGCUGUGGUUGGUGAAACAAAAAAGGAGCAUAAACGAAGCACUUGUUAUUCAGAUGAAGACGAAGAAGCUGAUAACGAGAAUGAUAACGACGAUGAAGAAGGUGAUGAAGAUGAUAUCGACACCGGUGAUGAUUCAAGUGAGAGCGAUUCCGAUAGAAAGAAGAAAAAGCGCGAUACAUCAAAAAGCUUUGAAGUUGUUCGAGCUGAAAACAUUCCCAAGAAAAAGCUCGACAUGAAAAAGAAAUCGCUUCAAUGGUCAAAUAUCUUUGGUAUUGACAGAAAAAAGAAGUCAAUGGGUCUCAUAUUUCAUCCGCUAGAAGAUGUCAACAAACGAAAGAAAAAAUGUGUUGCGGGGGAAUGUUUUGAUGGUGAAGAGCUUGACGAAGUUGAUUAUGGAGAUGAUGAUGACAAUCUUCGAAAGAGAAAAAGGUCACGAGAAGAAAAGUUUGACGCAAUGGAUAAGAAGUUAAAAACAAUCGAGAAUCUCAUUAUUGAUGAUAGUACAAAAUACUUUGAAAAUCAUGACGGAAGUUUAAGUCCCUCCGAGGCACGUGUCAUGAGGAAUCGUGUUGCUGAUCGUCUGGCAACAGCUUACAGCUUAGAAAAAAUGAGAAAAGCAAUUGCACGUCUAAAGCAAUCAAUCGCUAUGGAAAGAGAUUUGAUUAAGGGACCUCACAAUGAACUAGAUGAUGUUGACGAUGCCAUUGAAGAGGCAAAAAAGAAGAAGGCAAAGCGUGUUGCAGUGAAGAAGGAAAAAGCGGAAUUUGAUAAUAAUGAUCAUGACAUCGAAUCUUCAAAGAAGACUUCACCUGAUCAAAUAAGAAAUGACUUGAAGGAGGAUGAAGAAGAGAAGAAAAAGAAGAAGAAACGCUCUCAAAAGAAAAGUGAAUUUACAAAUUUAAUUAAUGACGAUAUGCCGAUGUCAGAAAGCUACAUGGGAGGUAGAAUGGCUGAGUGUCCAUUACUUGAUAGAAUCGAGAAGAAAUGUCGUGGCAUCGAUAUCAUGAGUGGAGAUUCAAAUCAAAAUUUGCUCGAGGCUUGUGGUGCGCAUCAAUUGUGUUAUCUUUGCAGUGACUCACAAUCUCAAUGCGAUUACGGUUACAUGAAUGAGGCUGAAGAUUUGUGCGGUCGUGACAUUAAAUGCAAGAUGUCGGCACGUAAAGCGCUUGCCGUUCUAAGAGACUUGGGAGGAAGUCGAGUUCCGCCAAGAGAAUGCAUACGCAACCCAUGUUUGAGUAUGGCUUUACGUACGAUUGCUUUUUAAAUUCACUAUUUUUACAUUCAUAAGAUUUUAUUGGAAGAAGAAAGAAUAAGAAAUAAGUGAAGAAACAAACUGAUUGGAAACUUGACAGUGACUUCAAAGACGUGACAUAUUUUAUUAAUAAAUAUUAAAUCAUCAUGCAGCUAACUAAAUGCAAAUGUUAUCUAAGAAAUUUACCACAAAAUCAAGGAAUAUUAAGAUUGAUAUCUACAUAUAAAUAUGAAAUUAAGCGUUUAUUUUUUAAAAUAUUUCCAUCUUUACAUUCAUCUUAUGAUGAGAAUGUUGCAGACACAUAAAUAUUUAUGACUAACUAAUGAUGACCUUAACUAAAUAUUAAAAUUAUAAGCAGUUGUUUUUUUUUCUCUUCCCUUUUUUUAUUCUUCAAUGUGGCAAGAUAACUUUGGUGUUGAAAUGCAUCUUAUACAUGUACUCUGACACUAAUUUGGUUAAUGAGAGUUGUCUUUGAAUUGAGUUGAUAACUGUUUUGAUCUUUCCUACCUAGUUUCUGAAGACAACAAAACCCAACAAAAAUUCUUAAUGACAAUAACAUGAACUAACAAAGAGGAAAAUUAUUUCAUUAUAUUUGAAUUCUUUAUGAAUAUCCCAAAGAUAUUUCACUUGUGUAAACAUCAAUUGGCAACUAAUGAAAAUAUUUAUUAAAAAUUAUAUAACACUAAUUCAAAAUUUAUUUAAGUGGAAAAAAAACUCCUUCCAUUUGUCUGACAACUUUUUUGCUCUUUUGAUGAAGCUUUAAAAACUUCACUUACAAGAAAUAACAAAAAAAAAAAAGAUUAAAUGUGAAUCUAAUGUGCGAUAUGAAAUAACAAAUUCAAAUCAAUAUAUUUGUGUUGUCUCUAUUUGUUGAACUAACAAUACUUAGUCUAAUAAAACUGAUUAAAUAAAUCACAAACA